UAUUCUAAAAAAAAUUGAAGUGAAAACAUAUUAAGAAAACCGCUAUUUGUAAAAAAAAAAUGCAUGUGUGUGAUAUUUCAUUUUAAUCAUUAAGACUAGAGAGUCUCAAUAAGAAAUAAAGAGGACCAUGCCUAGGAGCAGUGAUAAUGGAUAAUUUCUGAUCAGUGUGAUCCAAUAAAAGCCGCAGCAACCAUAACUCUCUAUAGUAUUGUUACUAAAUACAAUUAAACUGAGGAUUUUUAGUACACAUACCAACUCGUCAGCAAACUGGACGGAAUAGUAUUAAAGCAUAUCAACAGAUAAAGACACCAGGCAAUUUGUUCAUUAAUUCUUUUUAUUACCGCAAAGAAGAAAUAUGCCAGCGUUUUAUGUCCCAGCCAGUGAAACAACAAAGAAACAACAUAAACUUCAACAACAGUACAGCCUUGAUGAGCGAAAGCUAAUGUCUGAUAUUUUGUACGACGAUCUGAACAGUAAACGAUCUACAGUAAAGUUUGACAGAGAUGAAAGGCGUAUAAUAGCGGAAAUCGCUCGUCAGAAAGAUUUAGAAUCUAAAGUUGAACAGUGUAAACAAUUUGAAGAAAAACGUCAACAAAAUCUGGCGAAGCGAGACGAAGCAGAAGCAGAGAAGAAAGCUCGUGCUCAAGAGAAAUUAAGACUAACACAGUCAAAAACCAAACCAGAUCUUUUAUCGGACACAGUGAAAAAAUAUGAAACAAAACGUUCUGAAGUGCUAGAAAGAAUUCAAAAAAAGGAACAGGAGAGAAAAAUUAAAUUAGAUAACGCAAUGAAUAGGGAAAAACCUAACUCAUCUACCUCUGUUACCAAAAAAUACGACGAGAAGAGGGCAGAAGUUCUGGAACGGAUUCAAAAGAAACAAGAAGAAACCAAACUAAAAUACGAACAAAAAAUAAACAAAGUGGUUCCAGAUAAAUCUGCCAUGAUUCCGGACAUAGCAAAAACGUAUGACAAUCGAAGGGCUGAAGUCUUGGAAAGAUUGAAACAAAGCGAAGACGAGAAGAAAAUGAAGUUAGAAAAGAAAUUGGAACGUGUUGAAAAUGUGCACCAAAGAUAUAAGGAAAAUCUAAUGUGCGUCAGGGAAAAAUCUGUAAUGGGCAGAACUUUUGAUUUUGAUGAUAUAAGAGAAGAUAAUGGAAAUUCGAGUGACGAUGAAAAGAACGACGAAGAUUCUGGAAUAAGUCUUGAUAACUCAUAUCAAGAUACAGAUUCACAGGGUAGCAGUUGUGACAGCAAACGAAGCACAUACAGGAGUCAGCGCAACCUAACGUCGAGCUAUGGUUCAUUUAGUCAGAGAUCAGUUCUGCCGCCGAUUGGAUGAAAUUAGAAUUACGGUUAUGUUCUUAGACUUAUUAUGUGCUUUAAGUAACACUCUCAUUACUUUUCUUUUUGCUAGCUAUGUUAUAGAAUAAAUAUAGACCUACAAGUUGAGAAUGACAAAUUAAACACUCUUAACGUUUAGGAUUAUAAUUGUAAAAAUGUAGAAUAUCUCAGCAACAUUCUUUUAUUAUUGAUCUAAGUGAACGAUACAUUCCAUAAAUGCAUAUUUGUGCUUAAAUUCUUAAUUGUGUAAUAAAGUUCCCUAUUGUUAA